CUGGUCCUCGCCCGCCCUCGCGCGCCCCGCCCUCGCCCUCCACCCGCAGAGUUAUCCGCGCUCGGCCUCCCGCGCCCGGCGGGCUCCGCCCGAGGCUCCGGGGCCCAUGGCCAAGCGGCGUGCGGCGGAGCCGCUGACGUUCCACGUGCCUUGGAAGCGGCUCCUGCUCUGCGACUUUCCCGAGGAGCCGCCGCCGCCCCCGCCACCGUUCUGGAUCCCGCCGCCGGGGGCCUCCCAUCCCGGGCAGCCCGUCGGCGUCCCGGAGCUGCCCCGAAAGCGCAAAAUCGACGCGGGGGCUAUGACUGAGCCCUCAGCUUCGCCCAGCAAGCGUCGCGACGGCCGGGGCAGCAGCGUUCCGGGCGGCGUGCAGCGUGAGGGCCGAGGCCUGGAGACGGGCGAGCCGCCGCUGCAGCAGCCUCCGGUGCGGCCCCGUGGGCCAGGGGAGGAGCCCCGGGGCGCCCGGCCCCCGAGGGGCGGUGGCGACGACGGGGCGGGGCGCACAGAGCCCCGGCCGGGAGACUGGGGUGCAGCGCCGCACCAGCUCAAUGAAGAAUUUUGGCAGUAUAACUCCUUCCAAUAUUGGAGGAAUCCUUUACCACCUAUAGAUCUGGCAGACAUCGAAGAUGUAGUUGAAGAUAACCUGCCAGAAGCAACGCUUCCAGGCAAGAAUGAAGUGGUUGAGAUUGACAUGGAGUCCUGACAGAAGGAGUUGAAGAACAGGUUUUUCUGAAUUUGAGGAGACAUCUCUUAAACGAAUUCACGUAUUCUUAAGGAGAAAAGUUAUUUUCCAUACUUAAUGUGAUACCAUUCCCAAACCUGAGAAAUGAGGAAAAGUUGUUUGAAAAAUAAAUACCUACAGUCACUACUGAAACUCCCAAGGGGGUUUGUUAAGGAUAUAGUACAGUUACAGGGGAAGUAUUUUAUAUAUGUACUCUUAAAGAAAAAUUUAUGUUUAGACCUGAAAUUUGAACAUACUGAUCUUAUAAAAAGGAAUUCUGACAGUUUUCAAAGUAGGUGGAGAACACAUACUUCCUCUUCUCUGUACCAAAAAGUUAAUUUGUGGUACAUGAAAUGAAUAUUGUUUUAUAAUAACUCUUAUUAAUAAAAUGCUUUCUAGUACAUUGUAUUGCCUCUUCUUAGUUGAACAGAUAGCCAACUUAAACAUCUAUGCAAACUUAAAAUGUGGGGGAUUCUUAAAGGUGGCAUAGUUUUAAAAGAACUUUCUAAAUGUAAAGGAGCGAAAAUUUCCAUUUGGGUAGCAUGUUUGCAUAGCUUCCAGUGUUUGAAACUUGUUUAACUCUACUUUGAGGAAUCAUAAAUGGUUAAAGAACAAUGAGGAGCAAAUAGGUGUUGCCCCCCCCCGCCCUUUUCCUAAGUAAGAAGAAAGAAAUUUAGUUGUAUUUUUAAAUUUCUUGAUUUUGAAUUGUUUUGAGGGCAUGGUUUCUAUUGCUUAUUACUUUAGACUUGUUCUCAACACAGAAAACACUUCAGAAAUCCUUGCCUGAGCCCCAUUGGAGAGAUUCCCAUUUAAUUGAGAUGGGCCUUAGGUAUAGCUAUUUUUUAAAACACCAGUCCUCCUUUUCCCCAAUCCUAAUGCGUGGACAACUUUGAGAACCACUAGACUAAUGGUAGUUUUUCCUGUUUAAAGGAGGUAACUCAUUUGAGAAGAAGCAACUCCUCUUCAUUAGCUUUGUUUUUAUUUUGUUCUUUCAGUGACUUUGUUACAAGUAAGUUAUUGUGUUACUGUUAAAAAAAUAAAGUAAGCAGUUUGUGUUUGAGUUGAAUAUCAAUGAUUAAGUUAAUUAACUUUUGUACUAUGUCUAGAGUGUUGGAUUUGUAAUUGAGUAACUUGUCCCUGUAUACUUUUUGUUGUUAAUGACAGUAGAUCCAAAAUUGAGAAAGGGUGAUAAAUGCCAGUGAGAGGGGGGAAAAAAAAAACAAUGUUGUGUAUAUACCUGUAGGAUUUAAGUAUGGGUUGACAUUAAUGAGAAUAUUCUAGAACGGAAGACUUGUACUGUGGUUAAGAAUUAAGACUUUGGUGUCAGACAUGAUUCAAAGGUUUGUACUGCCACUUUCUACCUAUGUAACAUUAAGCAAGUUAUUUUUCAUCUUUGAGCCCCAGGUUCCUUAACUGUAAUAUGAAAAACAAUAAAUAGUAUCUACCUCA